AUACAUACACAUAUAUAUAUACCGUCCAUGCUAUAACUGGAACACAAAGUGAUUCUGAUGCCUUUCUCAGAUUGAUCAUGAAGUCUGCUGCUUUUAACACCGUGGUCUUCAUCUCCCUUCUACAAUCAAUUGUAUGGCCAGUGUGGGGAAUGAGUGUUCCCAGUUGCCAUGGGCUAAAAGAUGGCUUCUAUGCAGAUGCCUACGACUGCCGGAUAUUUUAUCGAUGUGUAGGAAGCAUUCCGUACCAGUUCACCUGUCCACCAGGAAUAUAUUUCGAUUCUGGCCUCAACGUGUGCAACUGGCCUCACGAGGUGCAGAACUGUGAUGAAAAGGGCAGGCGAAUACGUCCCGACCCCUCGAACAAACUAAGUUUACCAGAAGCGCACUACAACGACAACAACAACAACAACAAUAAGAAUAACGGUGGUUGGAGUUUCCAUGGAGAAGACGGAGCUUUCCCUGAGUCACGCCAUUUCGAGAGCUUUAUACCGGAACCCGAAAAAGGACAGGACCCUCAUAAUUCAGGUGUCACUGAAGGUAACCAAGAGUUUUUCUGUCCUGAAAAGAACGGAUUCUACCCUCACCAAUACAACUGCAAGCUGUUUUUCCGUUGCAUCGCCGGACGUCCAUUCAAGUUUGAAUGUGCCAGAGGAACCUUUUUCGACCAUUCCAUCAGAGUUUGUAACUACCCAGACAGACUCCCAGAAUGUGACAGCAACGGCAGACGAAGGUUUGGAAGUGUUGGCAGUCAACAGAAGGAAGGUGACCCAGGCCCCAGUCGAAGUUCUUCCGUUGAAAAACCUUCCAAAGAUAUUUACGGCUGUCCGAAGAAAUAUGGACUAUUUCCACACCCCAAAGCCUGCACGAAAUUCAUUUAUUGCAACGAAUAUAAAGGAAUGCUCUUCGAAUGCCCCAAAGGACUGACGUUCAAUUAUGACAAGCAGAUUUGUGAUUUCAAUAAGGACUUCAAGUGCUGAAUGUGAAAUGGGAAAAAUUUAUUGUGUUUAGGUUAAUGUUACAAGUGUCUCUGUAUGUUAUCAAUGAAUAUUGAUUGAUUGUUGUUGUUGUUGUUGUUGUUGUUAUUAUUAUUAUUAUUCCUCCAAGUUGACUUUGACAUACAUCCUUUCAGGGGUCAAUAAAUUAAGUACCAGUGAAACGCUGGGGUUGA